AUGGGGCCAGACGAGGAUCCCGAGGUUGGAGAUGGUUUUACCGAGCUCGAUGCCGGUCAUCGGGAUUUGGUUUCAGUCUCCAAGUUCAACUUCUACGGGAACCGACUCCUCACAGCGUCUGCGGAUCACCGCAUGAAAGUCUGGGACCUCAAGGAUGGGCAAUGGCAAUGCAUCGACACUUGGCGUGCUCAUGAUGCCGAAAUUCGUGAUGCAACAUGGAAUGGGCCAUUUACAGGCCAGCACAUUGCCAGUGUCGGGGAGGACAUGCGCUUGAAGAUCUGGCAGGAAGAUCCUACCCAGGCUCCUGGGUCAGGUCGGCGCUUUCGGUCUAUUUUCCGCCUAACGGCGCCAAAUCGACAUCCCUUUGUGUCACUAGACUUCCGCAACAUUGAUCUAGAAUCAUGGCUAGCGGUGAUCACCCGUGAUGGGUAUUUGAUGGUCUUUGAACCUGUGACUCCAGAUAGCUUGGCAGACUGGCAAGCUAUCGACCAAUUCCGAGUAUGCACCCAACCUGAGCGUGGUGAGGACACCAGCUUCAAGGUUCAAUUCCAUCAUGGACCCUCCGAUAUCACUCAUACGAUUAUUCCUGAAUCAGAUCGGAAGAGUCUUUCCCUUGUGGUCGCAGCCAUGAACACGGUCAAAAUAUACCGCACUGAUGCCAGUCGUCGCUUCUACCAUGCCAUUGAAUUGACUGGACACAGUAGUCUCGUCCGAGAUGUCUCGUGGGCUCGUGGCUCGGUGCGUGGUUAUGACCUGAUCGCAAGCGGUGGCAGAGACGGAUUGAUUCGCAUCUUUGAAGUUUACACAACCAACGCUGCUCAAGGAUCUCAGCCAGCUGGUUCUAGAAAGGCUGAAAAACGGCAGCAACAGUCAUCGGCCACACAGUCGACAACCCAGUCUGGCAUUGGAACUGCUCUGGCUAAUCGCACGCCCAAGUCCAACUCCAGUCGGCAGACCACUGGCGACACACCAUUCCGACACUCUUUCAAACAGGUGGCCUGUCUUGACAGUAAGCAUUUGGACGUAUGGCAAGUGGAGUUCUCCUUCGCAGGAGACUGUCUGAUGUCCUGCGGCGACGAUGGUACAGCUCGAUUCUGGAAGAAGGCCUUGUCGGGGGAGUGGCUAGAAUUUGCCGAGACUGACAUGACCACCCAGUGA